GCAGAGUCUAAAAAACUAAAAUUCGAACAAGAAGGAAUAUUUGAAAAUUUUCGUACGUAUCUCGCUAGCUAAAUAAACAAAUAAACAAUAAUAACGUUCAAGAAAUUAGAGUGGUGCUUUAGUUAGCAUUUCCAACGAGGGAAUUUCCCGUCGAAGUCAUUCGUUGGUGCAAAACAAUAAACCUGCAAAAGAAAGAAGCUUCAGGCUCAAAAUCUCUGUAAUCAAGAUAAUAACAAUUCGUGUUUUCGUGUUUUCUGCAUCGCAUACGACGAGAUUCGCGGUUUCACGGUAGAAACCCGAGAAAUAGAGCUCCUUGUGCGGUUUUCCCAUUGGUUUUUGACGAGUGUGCGAAGCAGUGAGAAUUGUUAGUUUGCACCACAACAAAUUGCGCUUUGAUUGAGCAUUUCGUGUGUGCUUAUUUUCGUGCAGUGUGAUAAACCGGAGGCCAAGUUUGGUGCCGAGCAAGGAGUACGCAACAGGGCAAAAGGGUUGUGUAAUUUCCGUGACCCCAAAAACGCGUGUGUGUGUGAGCCUCCAUCUGACAGCUCAUUGUUUUGAUCGUCCGUGCGUUUCGGAAAACCCUUUUUUUGUUCUUCUCGCAGCGAAGAAGGCGCAAUGCCCCAAUCCGACGGAGGGUACGUUUCGCUUGGCGGUGGUGGUGCCGGUGGUCCCAACUCGAUCUACAACUCGACCACCGAGCCGCAGUCCGGCUCGAAGUCGGUCAUGGAAACGGUAAAGCGCGUCAUCGGGACGGCCAUCGGGGCCCAGGACAGGCACGUCCUGUUGGAGCGCGGCUCCACGGCCGACGGACCCCAGCCGUACAUAGUCAGUGCCAGUACUAAUUUCAGGGAUCGCGACAAAACCGGCAAAUCAGCGAACGCCAGAAUGCCAUCCGCACCAGCGCACACUGCCGAGGAAGCUCGUCUGCUUGGAGCGAUGCCGGUGGACCCGAUGGAUGACAUUGAGUUGCGCUCCGUGCAGCUACAGUACCCGAACCAGCGAGGCUCGAUAGUGGGUUCGUGCGACCUGCGUCGGGUACCGACGGACAAGGGAGACAUUCUGGUGGCUGUCCAGGGUGACACAACCAAGCCGGCGAUUGUGACGUACCACGAUCUGGGAUUGAACUAUGCAUCGAGCUUUGCCGGGUUCUUCAACUUUCCCACGAUGCGCUCGCUGCUGGAUAACUUCUGUGUCUAUCACGUGAACGCCCCCGGCCAGGAAGAGGGAGCCCCUACGUUCCCGGAAGACUACGUCUAUCCGACGUUCGACGAACUGGCGUCGCAACUGCUGUUUGUGAUGACGCACUUUAAUUUGAAGUCCAUCAUCGGGUUCGGUGUCGGCGCCGGAGCCAACAUUCUGGCUCGGUUUGCUCUGGCCAAUCCGGAUAAGGUUGGUGCACUCUGUCUUAUCAACUGCAGCUCCACAGCAGCCGGUUGGAUCGAAUGGGGCUACCAGUUGCUGAAUACGCGUAAUCUGCGCACCAAGGGCAUGACCCAGGGCGUGCUGGACUACCUGAUGUGGCAUCACUUCGGUCGGAAUCCAGAGGAGCGUAAUCUGGAUUUGGUGCAGCUGUAUAAAAGCAACUUUGAGCGUUCGAUAAAUCCGGUUAACUUGGCCAUGUUGAUUGAUGCGUACAUCAAGCGUACCGAUUUGAACAUUGCCCGGACACCUUCCGGAUCGCCACAGACAGCUGCCCCGUCACUGAAGAUGCCCGUGUUAAACAUUACUGGUGCGCUUUCGCCCCACAUCGAUGACACGGUGACGUUCAACGGUAGACUAAUCCCCGAGAAGACUAAUUGGAUGAAGAUUUCCGAUUGCGGCCUGGUACUGGAGGAACAACCGGGCAAGCUGGCCGAAGCGUUCCGACUUUUCCUCCAGGGAGAAGGCUACGCACCAACAUUUUCACCGCAUGCUAAAUACCAUCCAACCACUGCUACUGCUGCUGCCGCUGCUGCUGCUGCAACUGCUAUCAACCGCAACAACAACAACAAUGACACGGUGUCGUGUAAUCGCCACAAUCAAGAGUUCGACAAGCUGAACGGCAACGUGCUGCUGACCGCCGGAGGAGGCGGCAGCGGCGGCGGUGGCGGUAGUGGCGGCGGCGGCGGCGGUGGUAGCUCUGAACAGCACAACGGGGACAGCGGCGGAAACAUCGGCAUCACAGCAACGGCCAACAUCUCCAGCAGCGGAAGUGCGUGCAUCGGCGGAAGUGCCGCCGGUGCUGCCAUCUAUGAAAACAGUGCCGCGAUGCGGGCCAAGAAUGGCGCGAUUCGAAUAACGGAAAAUCCGUUGCCUGAAAACGUGGCGUGCUAGAAAUGAGACAUAUCGGGCCGGCGUGACCGGCAAGGGCAUGGCAAACGAGCCGGCAAGAGCGCUCCGGGAGGGUGUUUACUGUUGGACCAGAGUGUGAUGUGGGGCGAGUCCUUCCCCGUCUUUGGGGACGCACAGACGGAAGACGAAGUUUGGACUAAUCGAAAGUAUCGAAUAGAGAAAGUUAUGAUGAACGCGGUAUUUUCUAUGCAGUUUUAAGUGGUCGGAUGAUAUUGGUAACACCAUCGAGCACGUUCGCAGUCACACAAAACACAGAAAUCGGAGAGGUUGGAAGAAGCAAGGGAGUGUGCAACAAAUCAGCGUGACCGACAUCAGUCCUGGAAAGCGACUUAUCAAAAGCUUGUAGUACUUGCUUCGUCGCAAGACGAGAAGAUAGUUUUUGAUCUUCAACAAUUAGAUAAUGGUUCAUUAUGAAAUCUAUAAGCAAUGGAAACCAAUUGGAGAAAAACAGAAAAAACAAGAAAUAAUUUUUGAUUGACCAAUCCCAAAACCACGCGUAAAUUGCAAUGAAGGUAGCUUCACGAAUUGGCAAACAUUUCAUGGGAAAUGACAAAAACACUCACUAAAAUAUCACGUUAUUAAUAUAGUUCAUUGAAGUACUUUUGCUAAGCACCUACGUUACGAAGGGAACGUUAAAAGGAACAGGAACUGUACAUUUUGUAGAAAUGUUGUACUCUAGAACGAUGGUUGCCAAUAGAAGAGAAAACUAACAAACUGUGACCGAAGGACAGAUUCUAAACAUGCAAGGAUACGAUGGCGCUAGGCGCAAAACACAACCAAAAACUGAAACCAAUAGCAGUAAGACUGUUGGCUUACUAAGAGCUUGGCAUGGCCGGGAUAGGGAAGAAAAGGGGACGAGAUGUAAAAACUAGAAGAAAACUGGGCGAUGGCGCGAUCGAAGGAAUAAAAAAAUCGCUUACGGAAUCGAGCAAGAUGUGGCAUGUUGCUGUGACGUGAGAUGCAUAUCGUUAAAACCGUGCUAAGAGUUAAUACAUAUUCGUGGCGCAUAUGUAAAGUACUUAAAUAUCCGCCGCCGACUGCCGCCGAAAUGGUCGCCCGUUGCUAGCGAUGUAUUGAACUAAUGUUACUUAGGAUAAACAAGAACAAACAGUUAAAGGGAGAAAAUGCAUCAAUAUGAAAACUUGAAAAACGCAGGAAACAGGCAUGCCAUACGAAACGGCUCUACUAAGAUUUAUCGAACCAUUUUAACGAGUAUGAUUUGAAUUUUAAACCCCCGCCAGAUAUGGGAUCCAAACUACGUGCUUAUCACAAACGUUUUAGUGGAAAUAACAGAGCAUUCUUACCGGUACGUGCAAAAGGUAAAACAGUUGAGUUGGGUUAAACAAAAUACAAACUGCCAUAGUUUACUACUCUUCAUGUUUCGCUGAUAAAACGCACCGAGACGCCGAACAGUGAUCACAAUAACAUUAAACGGAAGUUUUUAUACUAAUUAUCGUCACAGUUUCAUAGAUAGAAUAUGGUUUCUUUUCACGUGUGUAACAAGUGAUCGCUUUAAAUUCAAAAUGAAUUGUUCAACUUUUAAAUACAACACCACAUGAUUUACGUCAUUCAAAACAUUUCAAAGCGAGGAAGAUUUUUAUAGUAAUUUUCUUUCAGUAACAUAACUUGUCGAAACCAUCUCAGUUUUGAAUAUAAUCCAAAAAUUAGUGUUCAAAAACGUGAUCUAGAGCGGGUGGCUGGCAAACGCUAAAUGCACCGAAUGCCAUUCCGAAGGCAUCUACAACACUAGUGUUCACACAACCGAAUGCAAGGCAGUAAAAAAAAGAAAUUUAUGCAUGCACCAUAGAUGUAUCUUAAAGAGCCGUGUUGCAGAAAAGCAACAAAAAAAUCAAACAAUUGUUACUAUAGAUGACGAAAGCAGUAAUAAAGCAUAAGCAAAUCCAAUUCUGUAGUGCAGUUGACCGUAAAUCUAAACGCUGUAAGCUAUACUAUCCUACUACUGAUAAGAGUGCUCUUAAACAGCGCGCGAUUAUCGCCUGAGAUUGGAAAUGAUUCGAAUAAUAAUUUAUGUGUCUCAGUAAUGACUAUCGAUUAAAAUUAGACUAAAUAACAAGAACAUUCCGUAAACAAUAAUUAGAAGGGACACUGGCCGUUGAAUUUAUUACAUGUUUGGUUAGAUUCGGCUAUUUUGUAUGUGUCUAUUUUAUACCUGAAUCAAACACGUCGUAUUUAUCAGUUUUGAGUCGACAAAUAUUGAGAACGAGCGUUACUGUAACACUAUUUGUAGAUACUUUCUGUGUACUAGCUUUCCGGCAAUAUGGAC